CGACAAUUAGGCUGUUAGAUUUACAGUCACGUGACUAAAGACGAGAUUACACUGUUUUAGUCAGAUCAAGAGACAAUCAUGACUGACAUGAGGACAUGUUUUGCAGUCUGCAGUCUUCUGCACUUAAUGAGUGUUGAUGGGUUUCCUAUUUACGGUGAACUGAAUGUGAAUGAGUCUGAUACCAAGAAGACAUGGGAAGAAGCGAAGGCCGAAUGCAUGAAUAAUGGACUUCGCCUUACAAAUUACCUGACGGUGGACAGCUUACAAAAUAUUAAAUCCCCAGACCGGAAUUACUGGAUUGGGGGAAAAGAAAACGGAGAUGAAUGCCCUAUGCUGAACUGGUCUACCAAAAUCCCAAAAACUGAUCCAUGCGACAAAGAACAUUAUUUUCUUUGCAGUCCACAAGAGAUAGCCAAUAUGAAUCAUGUCAUAAUGAUCGCGGUCGGAGCUUUCACCAUCAUCAACAUGAUUUUGGUCACUAUCUGCGUUCUGAGGAGGUUAUGCAAAAGGCAGGCUCGUCUACCAAAGGAGGAGAAACCCAAGGCUACAUCAAAGAAAGAUAAAAAGGAACGAAAGAAGAAGGACAAGCGGCAAAAGAAAGAUGCAAAGGUAUCAGAAGACAUCAAACAAGAAACUCCCGCUGCUGGUGAUGCAGAAGCCCCUAAACAGGCUGGUGACGUUGCACAAACAGUACAAACCACGGCAGUAGUGGAAGUUGGGGCGGCUGGAACUGCAGAUGUUGACACUACAUCGACCACUCCUGCUGCUGCAGCAUCUACGACUGCGGAGACUGAAGCAGGCAAAGAAGAGAAGUUACCUGACCCACCAGAGUUUAUUCUGAAUGACACGACCUCUACUGCAACUACAACCGUUGCAACUGACUCAACGGCAGUAUCUGUUGCUGUAGUAACGUCUACUGCUACCGCUGUCGUUACAGCCACUGGAACUGGAGUUGCUGACACCGGCAUUGUGUCAACCAGCAUCACGACCACGGAAACAAUCGUAGACGCUGCAAAAGAAGCUGACAAGAAGGACAUGAGCUGUCAGGAAGCGGGUAAGGACGACCCUGGGAAAGUUGUCACCACCAGCGGAGAUAAACCAUCUCUGAUGGCUGAAAUGGAGGCCAUGCUACUGGCACAAAGCACCGAGAACAAGCAAGGGGAAGCUACUCCAGUCGAACCACCACUUCCUCCUCCGCCCGAGGAACUUAUCAAGUCAGACACCACAACGGAGACUUGAAUCAAGAGUAUCAUUACUUUAUUUACUCACAACUUCUUUGUUCUCAUAUGUGUUUCGAUUUGCCAUUUGCACUGUCGCCUAGUUCUGUGACGAAGAAAGUAUCAAGCUCAUAUCUGGGGGAGCUUAUUUGUGUGAACUUAUGGGUUAGGGACCCACUUACGUUGUCCCAAAGGGAAUAUUAAGUUGCUUCUCGAACUUAAGAAAGCCAAUUGUAAUACGUUCCUCAUUUCAGUUGAUGUUGAUUCAAAAUGUUUAAUGUAUCCUUAGUUCUGACCUUUAUAUUCGUGUAUUGUUUUGCGAUGUUACCUUUCAUUCUUAUGAUGUUGUUUUGCUUCUUAUAAUCCCGAGUUCCUUUUCCAUGCAUGCUCCAAUAUAAACAGCGUAUGCUAAAUUUCAUGAAACUAUAUAUUCUAAUUGAUGACCGAAUGUUUAAUAAAAUAAGCACAUUAAUAAUU